GUAUAAUAUAGCCGGUUCAUUAUAGCGAAGCUUCGCUUGUGGACUAUCACCGGUCAGCCAUGGAGUCCAUAGAAUUCCAGGCACAAUCAUCGUUUUUGUCUUCUUCUUUGUCAGUUUCACCAAACCAAAAGGCUCCCCAUUCAUUCUCUUUAAAUGAGAAUCAUCAAAAGGCCCCAAUGGAUUCUCUGCCUCGUUCUCGUCUCUGAGCUCCAUCAUUGCACUAAACUCCAGAGAUGGUCCAAUCCGUGCAUGUCGCCGUAAUCGGAGCCGGCGCUGCUGGUCUCUGCGCCGCCCGCGAGCUUAUGCGUGAAGGCCAUACGGUCGUCGUCUUCGAGAAAAGCGAUCAAAUCGGAGGUACAUGGAAAUACGAUCCGCUAACGGAGUCCGAUCCAAUUGGCAUGGACCCAACACGGGAAGUCGUCCACAGUAGCCUCUACCUCUCGUUACGCACCAAUCUUCCCAGACAAUUGAUGGGUUUUCUGGACUAUCCGUUUCCCGAGAAUCGCGAGAACGGGGACCCGCGAACUUUUCCUGGUCACGAAGAGGUGCUCUGGUUUCUGAACAAGUUCGCUGAUGACUUUGGGAUUCGUGAGCUGAUUCGAUUCAACAGAGAAGUGCUUCGGAUCGAGCGAGUGGAUGGGAGGAAUGACAAGUGGGUCAUUCAAUCGAAGAGUCGUGGCGGCGGCGGCGGCGAUUCUUUGUUUCAGGACUUUUUUCAAGCAGUUGUUGUGUGCUCGGGUCACUUCACAGAACCAAGAAUAGCUCAAAUUCCAGGUAUUGAGAAGUGGCCAGGAUUUCAGAUUCACAGCCACAGCUACAGGGUACCCGAACCAUUUCGCAAUCAGAGCGUGGUCGUAAUUGGAUUUGGACCCAGUGCCUUUGAUAUCUCAAGAGACGUUGCAAGAGUAGCUAAGGAGGUUCACAUAGCAACAAGAAAUCCAAAUGUGAAGUCUGCGAAGUUAGCAAAUCAUGAUAAUAUAUGGCAGCAUCCCAUGGUCAAAUGUGCAUCUGAAGAUGGCUUGGUUGUGUUUGAGGAUGGAUCAUCUGUGUCUGCCGAUGUCAUAUUCUAUUGUACUGGAUACAAGUACAACUAUCCAUUCCUUGAAACUAAUGGAAUAGUAACCAUUGAUGGCAAUCGUGUUGGACCAUUAUACAAGCAUGUCUUUCCUCCUGCUUUAGCUCCUUGGCUCUCUUCAUCAUUGCAGGCGAUCAUCUUCCAAAAAUUGGAAUUACAAUCCAAGUGGGUGGCACGAGUUUUAUCUGGUAAAGUCCUUAUACCUACGGAAAAGGAGAUGAUGAAUUAUGUUGAAGAAUACUAUCAGCGAUUGGAGAAUAUUGGGAUUCCCAAGCACCGUACUCAUUACUUGUAUUUUGAGGAGGUUGGGUACAGCCAAUGGCUUGCCAAAGAAUCAGGCUUGCCUCCAGUCGACAAGUGGAGAGAAAGCAUGUAUGCAGAGUGCAUGAAAAAGAUAGGAAACAUGGAAGACAGCUACAGAGAGCAAUGGGAUAAUGCUUAUUGGGAAACAAUCAUAAAGGGCGAAUCAUCUCAUUAGAUAUGAUGUUGCAGUUCCCCUGAUAAGUUUAUUUCCCAUAUAUUCAUUGUUGUCUCAUCUUGAUUAAUAUUAGCUAUGCAUGUAGAUUUAGACCCAGACGCAUGUAGGAUUUAUCUGGCUCUGAUGAACGAAACUUGAAUAAAUUUCAUAUUGAAUUUUAUCAAAGUGUCCAUUUGCAUUA